GGCCGGCCAUGGAGGUGGUGCGGGACUGCGUGGGCUCGCGGGUGCGAUCUUUGGUAUCCGUGGGAGCAUCUGUGGGAGCAGUUACAAAACAGACCAUGUUCCCUCCUCUCAUGCCUGCAGGGCGACCUUUCCGUGUGUCCAAUGCCUCCCGAAGCAGCAGGAAAGGAAUUGUUGCAAGCACUCUGCAAGAGCUCAUCAGCAAGACUUUAGAUGCCUUCCUUAUAUCUGCUGGAAUAGUGACUCUGGUUUUGGAGGAAGAUGGCACAGUUGUGGACACAGAAGAGUUCUUCAGGUCCCUGGAUGAUAACACACACUUCAUGGUUCUAGAAAAAGGACAGAAAUGGACACAAACAAGAAAUGGAGUUGCCACUGUGAGACCAAAGAAGAAAAUGGGAGUAGCUAACAUCACAUUUGAUCUGUACAAGCUAAACCCUAAAGAUUUUAUUGGCUGCUUAAAUAUCAAGGCGACCUUCUAUGAGAUCUACUCUAUCUCAUAUAACAUCAAAUGUAUGGGAGCAAAAAGUGUAUUGCGGAGGAUGCUUCAGCUAAUAUCCCAUGCAGCACAAAUAACUGGACAGUUUCUUCUCUAUGCUGGAACAUAUAUGUUGCAUUUGAUGGGUGAAUACGAUGAAGAUGGCACGUGUACAAGAUCAAGACGGGAGUAAUGAACACAGCUGCACUUCUGAUAUCGGAUCCUUUUGCUUAAGACAUUCUCUUGCCCAAUUUUGAUUGUAAUGAUGCUAUAGUAGGGAGAUGUCCACUGAUGUGAACUAACAUUUUUCCUCUUUGGGAAUGCUUGUAGGCCUUAGUCAUAAAAUAAGUGUUUGGUGUUCACAGGCUCUUAACACAGCAAAAGGAUGGGUGCCUAGUGUGUGACAAUUCAGCAAAAGGAAAGAGGGAAGGUUUUUGCUCCAACAACUCAAAAUGGAGUAUACUUGGAAACUUGCACACUUUG